UUGAAACGAGCUAGAGAAAGAGAGAAAAAAAAAAAAAAAAUAGAAGCAUCAAGAGUCGGCUAGAGACCAAACACAGAGAGUUUGACGUUGGCCAAACAGGACUGAGAGCUAUCACGCUGUGUCGAUAUCAGUAGGUAACAUCACGUUACGUCAAUCCAAACGUCCACUUUGCAUCUAUCGGAUCAUCAUCUUCUGUACACCACCAAUAUAUAUAUUGGCUUAGACCGUAUUUUUUAAAGAAUGUUAUCCGAUAGCUUCUACCUCGUCUUCGUAACGGCGAUCGUCUUGUCGCGUCGAGUAGAAGCUCAGGUAACGUUCGAUGGAGCGUGCCCCAAACUUGACGUCGUUCGCGAUUUUGACCUACACAGGUAUCUUGGCUUGUGGUACGAGAUCGAAAGCUAUCCAGCCGUCUUCAGCUCGUUCGCUAGUUGCACGACAGCCAACUAUUCUUUAUUGCCGGACGGCAACGUCCGAGUCAUCAACCGCAGUUUCAACACCAGUUCGAAAGGUUUCGACAUGGUCGACGGUACGGCCCGGCUCAUCGAACCGCUGAAAAGGGAGGCUAAACUGGGCGUCGUCUUUCCCGGCAAUCGGUUCAGCCGGCCCGUACCCGCCGACGGCAACUACUGGGUCCUGUCCACGGAUUACGUCAACUAUUCAGUCGUCUGGUCAUGCGAAACCUUCAACGGGAAAAGCUUUCAAUUCCUUUGGCAUCUGAAUCGUCAUAGGCAACCGUCGCAAUCCGCAUUGGCUUUUGUUGGCCAUCGCAUCGAUUCGUUUGGUUUGGAACGGAAGUUUCUUCAAACAACAGAGCAACGCAACUGCCCCGAAUCAAGCGAAACAUCCUCAGUCCGACCAGUUCGACAACCGAGUCCCACUCGGUCGAGUUACUACGGGAAAUAAAAUAAAUCUUUCAACUGAAAUAGUUUGUUGGGGGAGAGGGAAGAAGGGUGGAUUGUGCUCAGCUCUCGUUACUUCCCUGUCUCUCUCUCUCUCUCUCUCUCUCUCGUUUGUCUUCCGCACCUGCCUCUAAAACCAACUUCAAACAAGCGUGUGUUUUCGAAACGGGCACAUGCUGCUGAUGAGUGACGUGCCGCCUUAUCGGAUUAUCGAUUUUCAGGGUGGUUCCCCUUGCUGUUGCUGCCUUGAUUCUGCACGUCCGCUUGUGGUUGGCCCACGGUUAGAUAUCGGUGUUUUGGAUCACGCUCUGCCAGACCAUUAGUUGACACAGUGCACUCUCUCGGCCUAUUGUAUUUCCCCGGCCGCCAAACUUUAAGUGAUGGAUGACUCUUUGUUUUAGCCACACCAACCCAUUUUUGUAUUCAACCACAUCCAUGAGAGCUACAUAAUAAAUAUCACGAACCGAGUAACAAAAGA